CGCCAUACCAUUCUGAUAAAAUCCGCGAGAAGCAACCGUGAAAUCUCCAUUUCCAUUUCCCGAGAGCGAGGCAGGCCGACCAGAGACGACCAUUUUUUAAAUCUUAUCGACGAGGAGGACAAGAACAGGAACAAGAACAAGCUUAUCCAUUCUUCUUCCCCCUUUGUUUCAAGAUCUCUCUUCUGCCAGCCUUGCUCUCGAUUCAGGUAGCCUUCAUUUUGUUAUUGUCGUUUAUCUUCAUUUUCUGUAAAGAUCGGUGGUGGUGGUGGUGGUGGUGGUGGUUGAGUCAAUUUGGGAGUGUUUGAGUUCUAGCUAGCUAGGGAUUCAGAUCGCGUUCGAUUUUGGAAUCAAAUGGCCACCGCUGCGGCUUGUAAGCGCGUGACGCAAAUUGGAAUCAAUUCAGGUGUAAGCGUUGCCAGAUUUAGAGGAUUUGGUUCUCCAACCGCGGUGUCGCCUCCGGAUAAGCCAGCUUUUGAUCCUUCGUCCAUACCGUUUUCGGCACCAUACCGACAUUGUGAUUGCAGACAGAUUUCUCAGCUCGUCCAAUCUAAUGGAAAGCGUUUGUUUCUCGUCGACACAUUAGCUCUGGUUAGGAGGUUAGAGGCAGAAGGUGUGCCUUCGAAGCAAGCUGAAGCAAUAACAGCUUCCAUAACUGAAGUUUUAAAUGACAGCUUGGAAAAUGUGUCUCAGUCUGUUGUUUCAAAGGCAGAGAUGCAAAGAACCGAGAUGAUUCAAGAAUCCAAUUUGUCCAGAUUCAAAUCUGAAGUUCAAAGCUCCCAGGAUCAUCAUUUUUCUUUAUUGCAACAUGAGACAGAAAAACUUCGUGAUGAUAUUGAGAAGAUGCGGAGUGAGUUAAGGCAUGAAAUUGACAAAGUCACAGCUGGACAGCGUUUGGAUUUGAAUCUUGAAAAAGGGAGAAUACAGGAGGAGCUAGCAAACCAGAAUGCUGAAAAUUGUAACCUAACAAACAAACUUGAUCGGGAAAUUCAUGCAUUAAGGGCCCAACUGGAAGCAGCAAAAUAUGAUGUGAUAAAGUCCUGCAUAGGUACUCUCGUAUCCAUCUCUGCUGUUGGUCUUGCUACUCUGCGCAUCUUAAUAUGAACAUGUAACAUUGUAAUCCUAAAAGAAAAAGGAAACAGCUCAUUAUUUUUGCAAAAGCUGUUGUUUGUAACAUUUGAGAAAGAAAUAGAAGGAAAACUUGAAACACAAUGUCACUAACCAUUGUAAAGCCUCAUUAUUUUCCAACGGAAUGGAAUAUACAUUCAUAAAUAAG